ACACACACCACGACACCAGAGGACAGACGCCAGAGUGACGGAGUGUACACCUGCUGUUGCAGACCUCAAGAGCUCUUAAGUAGAGGCGAACCAUGCCUUGUGCGGAAGGUGAACUGUGCCUUCAACAGGACAGAACGCCGCAAGACCCUCAUGGCCAUGUCUGCCAGGGAGGAUGUGGAGGGCGGCUCCACGGCAAUUGCGGCAGCGUGUUUGACGACAUCGAGACGCACCGUAUAUGCAGCACGUGCGUUACCAGGAUUGGCAAGCUCAAAGCGGCAGCAGCUGACGGUGCUGGGGCGGGACCAUCUAAACGCCAGAAGGACAAGAGCGGUGGGAGCAAGAAGGGGGGUGUUCGUGCGCGCCCGGACAACAACACGAAGCUUGAGAUUCUCAAGCUGCUGGAUGCGAAGGUCUCUCAAGUACAGAUUGCAGACCGCUUCGGGUGCUCGGAGCGGUUUGUUAGGACUGUGAAGGCUGACCGGAAGAAGGUGGAGGCUGCGACUGCUGCAGGCGGCGGCACCCAGAAAACCGCGCGCAAGGGAGAUUUUCCGGAGGUGGAUGCGAUAGCUCUUUAUCUGCACGCCAAAGCCCGGAAGGCCAAGAUGCCCGUCACACGCGAUGUCCUUCGAAGCUUCGGCCGUUCCGCCAGGACAACCCUGCUGGCUGACACCGCAACUUCUGCAGCAGUAAGUGCGAAGGUGUACCGAUUCAGAAUUUACCCUCAACUGGGAACCUCUUGUGGCCAGGAUGGGUAAUUCGAUGGAAGUGUCACAAGGUUCUUUGUAGGAUCGACUCCAACAGGUUCUCAGGACUGACACACAUUGUGUCCUUGGGAAAAUAUCCAAGUCAGGAGAAAAAGUGUGCACCCAAGGAGAUUCGAACCAGUAUCCAGCAGACGCCAAAUGCGAAGGUGUACCGAUUCAGGUAAAAGUCAAUCGACAGAUACCCUGCGAAUCGGGUCCUUAACAUAAGGGCGAGGGUCGAGGACUUCAAGGCCGGCGAGAAAUGGGCAAAGAACUUUGUGAAGCGCACCAACAUCCACAGCGUGAUGCUGGCUGGAACGCACGUGACAACAGGCGGCANUACCGAUUCAGGUAAAAGUCAAUCGACAGAUACCCUGCGAAUCGGGUCCUUAACAUAAGGGCGAGGGUCGAGGACUUCAAGGCCGGCGAGAAAUGGGCAAAGAACUUUGUGAAGCGCACCAACAUCCACAGCGUGAUGCUGGCUGGAACGCACGUGACAACAGGCGGCAAGGAGGAGGACGAAGAGGAGGGCAGUGGCGAUGACAACACGGGGCCCGAGCGCCGUGCUCCACCUGCUUAUGCUGAGCUGUCGCCUCACUUCAGAGUCCUAGAAGCGGCAGCAGAUGAGAGUGGCAACGGAGACGCGGCGUUCUUCCUAACGAAAGCGAAGAUGGCAAUGAUUGCAGCGCAUUCCGCUAAGCGGGUGCGCCAGG